AAUUAAUCAAGAGAGUGAGAGGAAGAGCAGAACUACCACCAUCAUGGGUUCCCUUACAGGGGCGAAGAUUCCACUCAUAGAUUUCACUACCGACGACUUGAAUCCUGGCUCAAGUUCUUGGGUUUGCGUGUGCAGAGACCUAUGCAGCGCCCUUGAAGAGUACGGGUUCUUCAUAGCAAAGUAUGAUGAAGUUUCUUCUCGACUUAAUGAAGCUAUCUUUGGUGUAUCAAAGGAAUUGUUUCAUCUCCCCACUGACAUCAAAAUCAAAAACGUUAACAGUAAGCCAUUUCUUGGCUACCAUGGCCAACUGGCUGCCCGACCUCUUUAUGAAAGUUUCGGCAUAGAUUAUGUCACAGAUAAAGAACAAGUUCAUGAGUUCACAAACACAAUGUGGCCAUCUGGGAACAGUGAUUUCAGCGAAACUGUGUAUUUGUACUCAAAGGUGAUGAAACAGCUGCAUGAAAAGGUGGUGAGGAUGAUAUUCGACAACUAUGGUGUAGACAAGUACUAUGAAUCCAACAAGGAAGCAACCACUUACCUUCUGCGAUUCCUAAAAUAUCGAGCUCCUCAAGAAAAUGAGAGCAAUAAAGGUUUGCUUCCUCACACCGACAAAAGCUUCCUUACAAUACUUCAUCAGAAUCACGUCAAUGGUUUGGAAGUUAAAGCAAAGAAUGGAGAGUGGAUUAGUUUAGACUUUGCUCCUUCUUCAACGUUUGUAGUCAUGGCAGGCGAAGCAAUCAUGGGAUGGAGCAACGAUAGAAUUGAUGCUUGUGAGCAUAUGGUGACCAUGAAGUUCAAGGAGACGAGAUACUCACUGGGCCUAUUUUCAUUCAUCAAGGGGAUAAUACAAGUACCAGAAGAGUUGAUUGAUGAAGAAGAGCAUCCAUUAAAGUAUAAGCCAUUUGAUCAUGUGGGUAUGCUUCAUUUCUUUGCGACAGCUGAAGGUCGCCAUCACCAACGGACUUUGAAAGCCUAUUGUGGCCUUUGAGUACAUUACAAGCUGGUUUAAUCUCCAGAUUCAAGUGUUGGGAGUCUGUUGCUUGAGAGAAAUUAUUUAAGAUUCUGUGUUCAUGUAUGAUCUAUGCUUACUCCAACAAUAAAAAAAGGAAUUUUUUAUAAUAAUACU